AUGGGUCGGUGGAUUGUGGUGACUUUGUGUGCUGCUGCCCUCUGUGUGCCGCUGCCCUCCGUGUGCUGCUGCCCUCUGUGUGCCGCUGCCCUCCGUGUGCUGCUGCCCUCCGCGUGCCGCUGCCCUCCGUGUGCUGCUGCCCUCCGCGUGCCGCUGCCCUCCGCGUGCCGCUGCCCUCCGCGUGCCGCUGCCCUCCGCGUGCCGCUGCCCUCCGCGUGCCGCUGCCCUCUGUGUGCCGCUGCCCUCCGUGUGCUGCUGCCCUCCGCGUGCCGCUGCCCUCCGUGUGCUGCUGCCCUCCGCGUGCCGCUGCCCUCCGUGUGCUGCUGCCCUCCGCGUGCCGCUGCCCUCCGCGUGCCGCUGCCCUCCGCGUGCCGCUGCCCUCCGCGUGCCGCUGCCCUCCGUGUGCCGCUGCCCUCCGCGUGCCGCUGCCCUCUGUGUGCCGCUGCCCUCCGCGUGCCGCUGCCCUCCGUGUGCCGCUGCCCUCCGUGUGCUGCUGCCCUCUGUGUGCCGCUGCCCUCCGUGUGCUGCUGCCCUCCGCGUGCCGCUGCCCUCCGUGUGCUGCUGCCCUCCGCGUGCCGCUGCCCUCCGUGUGCUGCUGCCCUCCGCGUGCCGCUGCCCUCCGCGUGCCGCUGCCCUCCGCGUGCCGCUGCCCUCCGCGUGCCAACACAGUGUGCUCUUCCAUAA